AUGGGUGACUCACCUCCCAAGAAGGUCCCCGGCAAGACGCCCCGGGCGGGUGAGAUGAGCACCUCGUUACCCAGCCCGCCAAACCGUCUGGGCCCCAAGCGUCGGACGCGUCGUCGUGGUCGUCGGAGCGGAGCCGCAUAUGCCAAAGCACGCGCCCGUGCCCGUGCGUCCGCCCAGCAUGGCCCUUUGGACGCGAGUACCAACGCCGCCGACGCCGACCACCGUGGCAGCACGCAGGAGACCCCCUGGGGACUCCAUGGAGCUGGUUCAGUCACCGAUCGCCACCUCACCUCAACCGACCCCUCGUUGUGCUCCGAGCCUCCCUCAACCUCGUUUGGCUCCGACGACUGGCCGCAGCCAUCCCACUUCGUGCCCCAGGGAUCGUCACAGCGCCGUCAGCCCCAGCCCCAUGCCGACAAUAUCACCCGGCACUUUGGAGACACGAGCACGCUUGCUACAGGCCGUGCGUGGGAUGACCAAAAGAACGCGGCACACACCUCGAAUCUGUUCCCCAAGCUCCUCGGCCUCACCGACAGAUGGUCGUCUACCCCGGCAUCCAUGCUCACGGACCCAGAGCCCCAGCGCCGCCGCCCUGCAUACAUUGGCGCCAACUUGCCAGUCCCCACUGCAGGCCUGCCAGAGACCAAGCCCUUCCCCCUCACUGCGCCCCAGUACUCCGAGGACCAACUUGCGCUGCCCACCCCAUACAACGCCGACUAUCCGCACCCCAUCACGGUGUAUGCCGGCCCAGGCGUCAACCCCGCCACCGUCGCCGCGUCAGAAUACGCACCCAUGCUGCACAGUCUUAUGAAGACCAACCCCAAAGUCAUGAUGGGCACGAUCCUCGCCGAGUGUGGCAAACCCGACGUCACCGCGCCAGCACUCACCCUCCAGCCAGGCAACAAGGACGGCUGCGGUAUCCCAGAACGCUUCUGGCUGCGUCUGGCCACCUGGGCCGCGGUCAAGGUGCCCCUCGGCACGGUCGUGCCCACGGUGCCCGCAGCUCAUGGUGUCGCUCCCCGUUUUGCGCCAAACCACGCGAGGCCGCUGCCGUCACCGGCCUUGUCGCUGUCGGGAUCCACGCGCACGCCGCCGGCCACUCCCUUCGACCGCCUGCCCGACACGCCGGUCUCGCGUCAGCCCUCGCCGGCGCGCUUCGGACAUGGGUAUGGCCACGGGUAUGCGCCUGGCAGGCUCACGCAUUCGCGGUCCGAGUGGGACCUGCGCCAGCAGCCUCAGCCUCCUCGCCACCACCACCCAGGCAGCGACAUGGCGAUGCACGGGCGCUAUGAGCUCCAGAAUGGCGGACAGCGCAGAGGAUCCCUGCCAAACCUCUCUCGCCCACUGAACACCACCUUUCGUGGCCACCACCGCAUGUCAGGUUCGUUCCCCGAGCCUCGUCAGGUAGCACCCCGUGAGCCGAGCAACUGGCGUGGUAACCAGCGCUCUGUCCCUGAACAUGGCCAUGCCGCCGGGCACGACCACGACCUCGUCGCCCCAAAGAACCCUCCCUUCGUCAUCGACUCGCCGGGCCGUAACGCCCCCGCAGACGUGCUCACCGUCCACCCCUCGGCCCACCACCCUGUGCCACCCUCCUCGCGACCAGGCUCGCGCCGCCCCUCUGUGCCCUUCAACCUCCUCGCGCCAGUCGCAGAAGAGGAGCGCAGCAUGGGCACGCGCACCGCGCAGUCGUUAUCGUCGGACACGGGCACGGGCACGAUUGAGCCCAUCGGCGCGGAACGCGGCCGCUUCCGUCGUGAGCGCGAGCGCGAGCGCGAGCGCGACCAUGCAAGUGCCAGUGGGUUCUCCGCUACCACCACCCCGCAACUCCCCGCGUCCUCGUUCCCUGCCAUCCUCGACCUGUGCGACUUUGGCGAUGGCGAGCCGGGCUGGUCGACCAGCCACAGCAGGCGCAGUUCCACCACGCCGCCGAGCACGCUCUCCCCGGCGUCCGCCCAGGCCACCACCACUGGCCACCACCAUGCUUCCGCCAGUCCCAACGCCCGCACGGGAUUCGAGCACCUGACAGACGCCGAGCUGUACGAGCUCGUCCGCGAGAACUUGGGCCGGUUCUCGGCCAUGUCGACGGGCGGUGGCGGUGGGCGUGAGCAUGGGCGUGAGGAUAAGCGUGAGCAGGGUUAUGCCCCGUCUUCCUCGCACUUCGCGCUGCCGUCAAACCUGUACGAGCACGAGCACGCUUUCGACGUGGACAUGGGAUGUUCCCCCGCCCGCACCAGUAAACCAACUUCAAGUUUCUCCCACCUCGGUCUCCUGCCCGCCACGCUCACGGCCGACUGGGGCGCGCAGCCCACCACCACCAUUGACUUUUCGACCGGCAAGUCCAUCUGGUCGUAG